CCCGGGCCGCGGCCCCGCGCCGCGCUCGUCUCCGCCGCAGCGAGAUGUGCGCGUGCUGCCUGCUGGUGCUGCUGGCGUGGGGACCCGGCGCCGCGGGAGCCCCGAGCGCCAUCACAGCGCAAACACUUGCUCCUUGUUACUCUGCUGACCUAAAGCCAGCGUCGGAGAGGCUCGUCUCCGCAGUCAGCUGCACCGUGCUUUUGGCGGUACCACCGCUGAACGCCAGUACGGUUGUGUCCUGGGAAUAUAAAAACGGCCCUCAUGAAGAAGUCAUCCUAAAGUAUUUCCUCAAUAAACCUGUAAAUAUUGCUUCUUCUUACAAAAACCGCACAAAGUUCAAUGAAACGGAUUUCUCUCUGCAAAUGGUGCUGCAGCUGGGAGACAGUGGAACGUACCGUUUUAGAACAGAGUCACAGGAAACGGACUGGUUCCAACUGGAAGUUAUUGAACCGCUUCCUGCGCCAAAAAUUGUGGGCAACUCCUCUGUGAAAGCAGGAGGCAGCACUAAACUAGUCUGCAACAUCGCAGAAGGGAAGGCAGACUCCUACUGGUGGAAGAAGAAUGGGGAGCCGCUGCUUGGGAGUGACCAUUUUCAGUUUGUUCAGAAUAACACUUUGCAAAUCGUUGAAGCGACAAUGAACGACAGUGGCUACUAUGCUUGUGUGGUUCGCAACAAAGUGAGCCAGAAUGAAACCUCUUUUCUGCUUCGUGUUCAGAAUGCUGCAAACAUGGUCUUACCUGUGAUGAUGGCAUGUGUUGUUGCUGGCUCUCUAAUAGGUGUCCUUGUCUGGUGUAGAAGGAGGGGCCGCUUCCGUCACUGUGUCCGUAGGUGGAGGGCCUGAGUGACUGCACCUUGCUCCCUUCCUCUUGAGUAGGUGAUCUUGCCUAGGGAGCACUGGACAUCUGCCAUCGUGAACAGUGGUCUGAUGCUGUCCCAGUCUCUUCUGGACUUAUUAAUUGUUCAAGCUGCUAAAGCCCACAGAUACUUGCAGAACUUGUUUUACAAACGACACUGGCCUGGACUCCAUCUGCAUUGUCCUGUCUUUCACAAGGCUUCUUGCCCAUCUUUAGGGGAGAUGGGCAUGGCCUUCUCUGGAGCACUGUCUGCUGCUUUGCUCCGUGCUUCCUUUCCUGUCAUGGCUUUCUCCAAAGGCUGUGAGGGCACUUCGAGAAGGGCUGAUGGUUGUGGAUAGAGCAACUAUCCCGGCUGGGCAAACGUGUGGCUCUGGAGCCUGCUAGGGAAUAGCUGCAGGUGCUCUGCUACUCUGUGUUGGGAGACUCAAUGGGACUUGAACUUCCUCACUGUGGUCUCAAUACCUCCUGGUGUGCUGCUGUUUUGGGGCACUUAGGGACUUGCUGGGUUGUCUCAAGGCUGAGACCAUAGGGCUUAUUUUGUGUUUGACCCUUGGAGGGAGGAGAAAAGGCAGGUUUUUGCUAUCAUGUGCACUAAGGAGACCAGGAGAUGAGUAGAGUUGGUUGAAGUCCACAGAGGAUGGAGGGGUGGCGUGUUAAAGAAUGAGACAUACAGCAUAGUUUUGUUUUGAAAAACAAACCCAAAGAAUUUCCCACAACCAACUGCUUUAGAGCAGCAGUGCAGCCUGGCAUGUGCAUAAGAGACGUAGAUAUGCUCUCAAGCCGGUCUCCCCUGUUCCCUCAGCUUUGGACUUGGGAAGGAUCUAAGGAUGUGCCCUCAUCUUCUGAGUGUUAGCCCAUGGGUUGUAGUUGUGAUGGUACAAGCUUGUUCCUCCCUUUUAAUGCUCCUGCAGGAGCUGGUGGUUGUGAUCUGAGUUGAUACGUCCAGGGGCAACCCUUCUUUCCAGCCCCAAAUUCCUUUCCUGUCUGUGUCCUUUCCUCAUGCUCCUUCUGUGGAGCUCUCCUGGGCUUUACUUAUAAAAAUGAUUGUUAUAACUGAAAUUACUUAGGGGUAUAGCCUUUCUGUCUCAGCACUGACAUCUUCACCCUGGAGAAAACUGGAUGCUUUCUUGGGAGCACUAGGUCGUGUUAAGUGCCUUUCUGAAUGUCAAGCUGGGGAGAUUGCACCCAUCUUUUGAUCUGACAGGUAGUCCCACCAAGCCCAGAACCCCCCUGAGCUGGUCUCCAAGCCCUCGGUGGGGUCAGCCAUUCUGCGUACUGUAGCCUAGGUGCCUUCUCUCCUAGACUAAGGCAGCUGAUGGGUUGAGGACCUCUUUCCUCUUGGCCUGCAGGCAAGAGGAACAGGUCCUUCUAAGUGGCUUCCAGGCUCUGCCGUGGGGUCACUGGACGAGCCUGGUGUUCCUGUGUACAGUUUCUCUAGCUCCUUCAGAGAUACAAUUCAGCUCUACAUAGCCAGAGGAAGAGAGCUUCCCCAGCAGAAAAAUACCUCAGUUUGGCUUCUAGCAGAGAAAGCAGAGUUGUCCUGGCCUUGUCCCAUUCACUUGCUGCAAGGAAGGAGACAGGAGAGUUGAGCUGUGCUUUCUUCGGUGUUUUGUUCAUUUAGAUGUUCUUUUUCUCCUGGUUAUUGUGAUUGGGUUUUGAAGGCAAUUUCUGAAUAUUUAGCAUUGUCCAAGGAAAACACUAAAGUAGUCAGCAAAUGGAGAAAGAUGAGGGUUAAUUUUACUGUGGUUUGUUUUACCUGUAGACCAUAACUCACUUCUACAGAAAAGGGCAUUCCUAGCUACCUGGAAGCUCUUGAGUCUCACACUCUCUUCAGAAUUCUGCCCUCUCUUUGGAGAAGAGUUGACCUAUUGACUAUUCCUAGGAAAAUCCUUUGAAAUGCAAGUUAAAGCUGAUAAGCACAAAAGCAAAAUUUCUGUGAAGUUGGUUUAGAAAAAAUAAAAAUGUUGGAAAUUGUUUGUUUGUAUUUGAAGAGUUCUGGUCACAUUUGUGCCUUUUACUCUGAGAGAAUAAACUUAAUUCAUGACUUGACUUUUUUGGGCUCUACCUGCUUUGACACUACUCCAGUGCACUAGCCCGAAAAAGGAUAUAGCUGAGUCCUGUGUGCAUCAGCCCCAGGGAAAUAAUAAAUACAUGAAAGGACCUGACAACAAAGUGCCAUCUCUCAGCCUGUAAUUAUGUUACAAUUAAAUUAUUAAAGGAAGUGAAGCAGAUUGCAUGGAUUAAAACAAAUUUGGUUUUAAGCUGUAAUAUGGAUUGUUCCCUAUUUUACUUGCGAACAAAUACAGUCAAAUGUUUGACAAAAUACAUUUUUUUGACUUUUUUGAGAAUUGUCUGUAAAUCAUUCUAGACAAGUUGUUUUUUAAUGGGCUUUUACUGCUAAUAAAAGUGCAUACGUUA